UAUUAUCAUUAUCCAAUCCAUUUAUGACAAAUCUGUUACUCCAACUGUGUAUGAACAAAGAUGCCGCCGGAAAAUGGCGGUAAGCACAAACUUAUCGUCUUGUCGGCAUAUUUGAUGACCAAAAUCUUCCCUUCGUUCAUCCCUUUUCAAUCAUAUCCAUUACCACCGUCUUUUCCAACGGGGCUCCACAUCUCAAUUUUCCUAAAAAUCCAAAAAUUCCUAUAAACAGCCUCAAAUUUCUCAAAUCUUCGACCGACCCUCGAACCGCAAAACCCCCAGGCAGUGUUUCUUGAAGGUGGGUUUUGUAUGGAAAACGCCGUCGUCGAAAAUGGGGUUUGCUCUGCCGAAAUCACGAGUGGGGGUCGCGAUGUUUGGAGUAACAAGGUCUCUGAGUCUUCCUCUGUUGAUCAUCUCGUCGUGAUGGUCCAUGGAAUCCUUGGAAGAGCAACGGAUUGGAAAUUUGCAGCAGAACUGUUCGUUCAAAUGUUUCCCGACAAAAUCAUUGUUCAUUGUAGUGAGCGAAAUGUAGCUACAUUAACUCUCGAUGGCAUCGAUGUGAUGGGUGAGCGAUUGGCAAAAGAGGUUGUUGAGUUGAUACACCGAAAUCCAAGCCUACGCAAAAUUUCUUUUGUUGCUCACUCGGUCGGGGGUUUAGUAGCGAGGUAUGCAAUAGGGAAGCUAUAUAGACCACCUAUGAAAGAAAAUGGCGACAUGUCUUCCAGUGAAUGUGAGGAGGAAAGAAGAGGUACAAUAUAUGGCCUAGAAGCUUCGAAUUUCAUUACUGUUGCUACACCACAUCUUGGUUCAAGGGGGAGUAAGCAGGUGCCAUUUCUUUUCGGUGUAUCUGCUUUUGAGAAAGCUGCCAGUUGUCUCGUUCAUUGCAUUUUCGGAAGGACCGGCCGCCAUCUUUUUCUGACCGACGAUGUUGAGGGGAAGUCUCCCUUGCUUCAGCGCAUGGUAGAAGAUAAUGAUGAAUGUUUAUUCAUGUCAGCAUUGUGCUCAUUUCAUCGGCGGGUGGUCUAUUCCAAUGUCAGCUACGACAAUUUCGUUGGUUGGGCAACAUCGUCAAUAAGAUGUGACUCUGAGCUCCCAAGGUGGGAAAAGUUUGUGAAUUGUAAGUACCCCCAUAUUGUUUAUGAAGAAUAUUGCAAAGCUUGUCCUAAACUGGGAGAAAAUAUCUUCAACAAGCUGGAAGAUGAACUCGUAACGGGCUUGUCGUGUGCUUCAUGGGAAAAAGUAGAUGUGAGCUUUCAUAAAAGCUGGCAGAGGUUUGCUGCUCAUAGUGUCAUUCAAGCUAAAGGCGGAAGCAAGCACAAAGAAGGCGUUGAUGUCAUUCGUCACAUGCUAGAUAAAUUUCUACUGUAGAUUCACACUGCUGCAUGCUUUUUCCCAUAGAGAUUGAAAUUUGACCUCUGAUAAUUCAAAGCAUACUUGCUACACAUUGAUGGCUUACUUGCUUUCUCUUACGUCCUGGAGCUCAGAAUCGAUCGAGAGAGCACUGAUCGAGUUCUUUCAGUACGAAUCUCAGUUCGAGUUUCCCUGAUGUUGCCAAUCUUGAUAACUUUAUUUUUCCCCUUUCAUUGCUUCAGAAGGAUGGGCAAAAUGUAUUGAGGGAGAUCAGAUGAGAAGGCAUCUGAAUGACUUCUUUCUCAAUAGCAAAAAUCAAAUAUGAAUUUUUUGGAUAUUCAUAUUUGAAAGCAAAGAGAUUACAGAGAGAUUGUAAUGGGUAAUAUUCCAGAAAUUUAUUUAUUUAUUUCAAUUCUAGUUUUUGCCAACAAUAAGUAUAAUUGGCAUGAAA